AUGGCCACCACUAGAAAAAAGUUUGUUGUAGUGGGUGAUGGUACAUGUGGGAAGACAUGCUUGCUGAUUGUAUUUAGCAAAGACCAGUUCGCUGAAGUUUUUGUGCCCGUGUUGUUUGGAAAUUAUGCGGCAGAUAUUGAAGUGGAUGGAAAACAGGUGGAGUUGGCUCUGUGGGACACAGCUGGUCAAGAAGAUUAUGACCGCCUCAGACCUCAAUACCAUCCAGAUACAGAUGCUAUACUUAUGUGCUCUUCCAUCGAUAACCGUGACAGUGUAGCAAACAUCCAAGAGAGGUGGACCCCGGAGGUGAAACAUUUCUGUCCCAAUGUGCCCAUCAUCCUGGUUGGGAACAAGAAGGAUCUUCGAAAUGAUGAGCACACGAGACGAGAGAAGAAGCCAGUGAAACCUGAAGAAGGCAGAGAUGUGGCAAAUCGGAUUGGUGCGUUUGGUUAUAUGGAGUGCUCAGCAAAGACCAAAGACAGUGUGAAGGAGGUCUUUGAAAUGGCCACAAGAGCAGCUUGGCAUGGCAGAUGUGGAAAGAAAAAAUCCAGGUGCCUUGUCUUGUAA